AUGUCUAUUCAUCGUCAUGAUGAGGGAAGAUUCUAUCCCAUGGGUGAACCAAAGGAUUAUAUGGAUGUUGGUGAAGGAAAAGGAAAAGGAUAUUCCGUAAACAUUCCAUGGAAUCAUGCCAAUAUUGGCGAUGAUGCAUACCGCGCAGCAUUUGCCAAAAUAAUUAUGCCGAUUGCCUACGAGUUCAAUCCUGAGAUGGUUUUUAUUUCUUCCGGAUUUGACGCUGCGACCGGAGAUCCUCUUGGCGAAUACAAGGUUAGUGCUGAUACGUUCGCGUUGAUGACAUAUCAGCUUAUGGGAUUGGCAGGAGGAAGAGUCAUCGCCGUGCUUGAGGGAGGUAGGCAGCAUAGCUUGUUUGCUCUUUAG